CAUGCACGGCAGUCACAUUGUGGCCGCGCGCCGGGUCGCACGUGUUUCGCGUUAUGGUGUCCGUAGGGCCGUGGCGGCGCCGCGCGCCGGACGACGACGACCGGUCGGAGCCCGGGGCUUCCAGCUCCGGCGUGCCGCGCGCCCCGCCGAAUUGCGCGCGUUGCCGCAACCACCGGCUCAAAGUGGAGCUGAAGGGGCACAAGCGCUAUUGCAAGUACCGGUACUGCAACUGCGAGAAGUGUAGACUGACGGCCGACAGGCAGAGGGUGAUGGCGCUGCAGACGGCGCUGCGGCGCGCUCAGGCUCAGGACGAAGCUAGAGCGCGAGCGUCGGACUCGGGGCUCCACCCUCCGGGGAUCGAGUUAGAUCGGCCUGAGCCUCCUGUUGUGAAAGCGCCGAGGAGUCCCGUGAUCCCGCCGCCGCCGCCGCGCUCCAUGGGAUCGGCGAGCUGCGACUCCGUUCCGGGAUCGCCCGGGGUAUCGCCGUAUGCGCCGCACCCGCCGUCCGCGCCUCCUCCGCCGAUGCCGCCGCUCCCGCCUCCGCAACCAGUUGCUCUGGACUCCUUGGUAGAAAACUGCCACAAGCUGCUGGAAAAAUUCCACUACAGCUGGGAGAUGAUGCCUCUCGUGCUGGUCAUCCUUAACUAUGCCGGCUCCGAUCUGGAGGAGGCCUCGCGGAAGAUUGAUGAAGCCUCCUGGGUGGUGCACCAGUGGCGGCUGUACGAGCGCUCGCUGUGCUCGCUGCUGGAGCUGCAAGCGCGCAAAGAGUCGUUUUGCUGCUCGCCGCGCUACGUGCUGUCGCGCGAGUACGCGCCGCACCUGCCCGUGCCGCUCAUGCGCUCGCCGCCGCCAGCGCACUUGUAGCCCCACACUGCGCCGCGACAGACGGCGCACGAGCCCACUGAACCAUCUACUUCGGCCAAACCCGAGUAGGCCCGACGCCGACCCGAGCCUGACCCGAGAGGACCCGAGCAGACCAGAGUGGGCUAUUCCGGACUUUACCUAGUUUUAUAUGUGCUAUACGUGUUAACACGCAUAUUUGUAUAUUAUCACGGACAUUAAGUUAAAAUUGGAGAGUGGUUACCUUAUGUUGGGAUCCCGGUCCUUGAUUAAUUAUUCCCAGAUAUAUUAAGAAAACCAGUGAAUACUUUGCCGGGGCUGUUGUUAAGCAACCAUGAAAAUGAUGGUAUUUAAUGUGGACAUGUUGCAGCGAGAAAUUUCAUAUUAUCGGUGAUUAAAUUAAACCACACUGUGGUUUGGCAGAAAACCACAUUUGUAAAAUUGAUUAAAUAUUUAAAAAAGGAAGUAACUAUAAGAGCAUUUUCACAUUGUCUGAUCCGGUAUCGGAUGUAGGAUCCCACAUCCGCAAUGUCGGGCCGCGGGGUGUAGGUAAAUUGCAACGGCGCGCCGAGCCUGCUUUAGCCGUCACGCACACUACAGGAAACAUUAUGCCUAGUGCCUACACAUACGCGCACAAGAAAAAAUUGUCAGUCCGACAUGUUUGAAAUUAUCGGAAGUGCCAAUCUAAUAUCGGAUGGCCCCAGAUGAAAAAGACAGCUGCUAGAGAGUGCCCUGUGGCAUGCAGUGCGCCUUUUUUUUAGCCAUAAAGUCGCUAAGGUAUUUUUUAGCAUUUAAACACAUAAUAUGUCUUAUAUUUUACUUCCAACCGAUAUCCGAUAUACUCGUAGGAUUAGACAAUGUGAAAACGCUCUUAAUGGUGCGGUGAAGUACGGCUCAGUUAGCAAUUUUACGACGAGCCGAAGGCGAGAUACGUGGUAUUGAAAAUUAGGUAUAAGGUACGGUCAACACUGUAGUUAUUAACAAAACGCCCUUUAGAAAAGGUUGUUGUUAAUAGUUGACGGCCUAGUUUCUAGAAUUCAUAGAACAAACAAGCGCAGUUUUAGAAAAUAUUUUCUGUAUCAGUAAUUAAAAUAGUUAUUUGUUAUACAAGGGUGCAAAGUAGUAUUUUACCCGCGAAUGUGGAAUGUAAACACGAGCAAGCGAAAGGAUUCUAUAGUUGAACCAAGAGCGAAGCGAGUGGUUCUAAAAUAGAAUCCUGAGCGUAGCGAGUGUUUCAACACACGAGAAAAUACAUUUGCACCCGUGUGUAACACAAAACUUUUCCCCUCACUAUACCGAGGAAAGUGCAACAUCCACAGGCGUUAGGUCAUCUUCAUCACUGGAAUCACUUAUUUUUGUACGAUAUUAUAACAGAAAACACUGGAAAUUCUGAUUUUUACGUGAGUCGGUGAGAAGUGUUUUUAAGUAAAAAUUUUGUUGACAAUGUUGACAUUUCUGUUCUGACGUAUGAAAUGUCAACGAUGCGUUUUGAAAUUGCAUCGACUCAACUUGUGCGUUCAGAAUUAUAUUUAACAUCAUUAUAAAAAAUCUAACUUUUCUUAUGGAAUUUUAAGGUUUAUGACUUAAAAUUAUUAAAUAAAGCUAAAUUUGGUAUUUUUUAUUAGAUUCUCAAACCAUUUAUUUAAUGAUAAUUAAUAUCGAAUGAACCAUUAUUAUGAGCGUUUUACGUUUUGUUAUCUGUCAAGCUACUUAAACACGCUCCAUUCAAGGUCAAAUUACUUUCCCCACUAGUGGAUAAAAUGCGUUUUCCCCCGCUUGUUUUAAAGGAUAAAAGACGGCUUUCCGAGCUAGUGAGGGGAAAAAUAUAUACAUAAUUACGUUCAAGGAAUAUUUAAAAGUACCUAACUCAAUUCAAAAAAAGAACGUGGUUUGCCAACCACAGCGUGGGAUACAGUAUUAUCACCGAUUGUAUGAACUAUUCAAUGGUUGUCUUUCCGAGUCGGUGGAAAACUACGCGAAUUGCGAGUAAAGAGAACAUUAAAGGCCUGUGCACACCGGCUGCGUGUGCGUAGACAUGCACAUGCACGUGCGCGUUGUAAUCUACAGAUCUUUAUGAGAGACGGCACACCGCUUGCGUGACGUGUGCGUGCACGGCUCCAACAUAUUUGCGCACGCACUGCACCUCUACACACACGCAGCCUCAGUGUGCUCUGGCCUCAAUACCAUGUUAACCUUUUGGACGCCAAUGACCGAUAUAUACGCACCGUAGGUUCAACGCCAAAGACCGAUUAAUCGGUCAUAGACCACAAAGCAACAUAGACCUACAUGCAUAUGCACAAAGUUCAAUUUCAGUUUUGACACUUCGGUAACGUGGCGUCUGGAUGACAGCUUUUGUGUUUGACACGGCGUCGAAAAGGUUAAAUUUUCUAUAGUAUUUUUUUUAUAGCAACACAAUGUCGAGACACCUGUCAAACUUACAUUAACUACUUUUUCCAAUUCGUAAAUAUAAUACGGCGACCACCAGUUUGAUACUGACAUAUUCGCGUGUGCGUAAUUUACUUUCUUUGCAUUUCGCUCGUACUCGCAUAUGGGCGAAUAUGCCAGUUUGGCACUGCUAAAGCCCGGUUCACAUUUGUCUGUCGUGUCGUGUUGUGUUGUGUCGUGACGCAUAUCGGUUUCGUACAUUUAAUAUGAUUGCGUGCACAUUUAUCUGACGCAGCGUGCAUUAGACAAAUGUGAACGCAACCAUAUUAAAUGUAUGAAACCGAUAUGCGUCACGACACAACACGACACGACAGACAAAUGUAAACCGGGCUUAAGGCAGUCGUGGUUAGCCCAUGUAUUGUAUUUUUGUUAUAGCAACAACAAAAGGUACAACCUUUUCACGAAACUUGUUCACGAAUUAGAAACGGAAAUCUGCAUGGUUUCGGGUAAUAAGUGUUGAAUUUGUGUUAUGUUUGUCACAUUAUUUUAGGUCUUAAUACCAUACCAAUCAAAGAAGUGGAGCCAACAACAAUAAUGAUUUCUUUUAAAUGUUUAGUUCUUAUGAAAUUAUCGGGAAAGUCGAAGUAUACAAAUCGAUCGAUGAAAUGUUUACAACCGAUAAGUAACUUACCCACAUACUAUUUAUAUUGAUGAAAUCUAAACCCUAUUUAAUCUAAUAUUUCAUGUUAAAUGCAUUGUUUUAUCAUAAAUACAUGAAAUUCAACAAGUUUCACUACAAAAAAGAUUACAUAAAUCACAUACAAACAUGAACCCUGAACAAGUGAACAUAUUACACUCCAUUUUGGGAUAGUCGUGUAAAAAAUUAUAGAAUGUACAUAUUUCCUCUACAUUAUUUGUGUUUAUAAAAGAAGAAACUCUAAAAACCGUACACUGAAAACAAUAUGAACCGAACUCGUUGAGUACUUAAUUCAAAAAAUAUACGAGUAUCAACUUAAUUUUGCUCAAUAUCCUAAAAUCUAUUCUGUAACAGUGUUAACUUAAGCCCGGUUCACAUUUGUCUGUCGUGUCGUGUUAUGUUGUGUCGUGACGCAUAUCGGUUUCAUACAUUUAAUAUGAUUGCGUGCACAUUUGUCUGACGCAGUGUGCAUCAGACACAUCACUAUCAUCAACAUCAGACAAAUGUGAACGCAACCAUAUUGAAUGUAUGAAACCGAUAUGCGUCACCACACAACACAACACGACAGACAAAUGUGAACCGGGCUUUAGUUCGCAAGUCCCAUUUUGUGUAAGUUUAGUAACAAAAUAUACAUUAUUACUGUUAUUCAUACAUUUCUUUCAGUGUAGUUUUUACCGAGAUGCACCACAACAUACAAGGUGUAACAAAAAUAAAGGGGGUCCGUUUAAGGGCAUAUUCGAUAUGGUGUUCUGAUAAGGAAAAAUUAGAAGCCUUCCAAGCCGGCAAAACCCUCCAUACAAAGGCCAACGAUAUUUAGCUAAAAUAAAUGUUUCUUCUACUUUUUCCUGAUCAGAACAUGGUACCGAAUAUGUCCUUAACCCGUGUAGCGCCCUAGUAUCACACGUGUUAUAAUAGUUAGUAUAGGAGUUCCAUACUACUGUGAUACAGGGCCACGAGUUAAACGGAUCCCCACUAUUUAUUGUCAUCGUAUAGAUCUUACUCCAGCCAAGAGCCGUUAAGCAAUUAAUAUAGCCAUUCCACACCCCUAAUGUAAUAUAUAAAGCAUUAAAUAGGGGUUGGAACGGGCGGGACCCGAUACGCUCCUCCCACUUGUAGUCCGCUUAAAUGUAGUGCCAACAAUAAUCCAGCUUGAUUUUAGAAUAGCCAUUUGAGUGAAUUGUAAGAUUGUGAGAAAAAAUUUCUUUCUAAUAUGUGGAACUAUCCCUUUCGGCUAUUUAGGGUGGUCGUGCACGCAAAGGGACGUCAAGUUGUGCCAACCCUAAUAAUUGCUCGGAGCAAUGCUGAGCCGAACGGAGCCGAGUUUUCCCGAAGCGAGGAGUUUCGCACCCCUGACAAUACUAACAAAUAGUUGAAGGUAUUAAAAAAUGUAUUCUCUAACGAAAGAAAAUACUACUCGUAAAUGCCACAAAUCAUUCCAUCCAGUGUCGUCCCUUUUUGUAGUGUUUUAAGAAACACACUUUUUUGCCACCUUUUACCUUUGGCGUGUAUUCGUGUUUAUUUUUAACUGACUUCCAAAAAAGGAGACAAUUUUUUAUGGAACCGCAUUGAGAUCUUCUUUUAUUCGCACAACACAGUUUUAAAUGAACACACAAACUAAAAAAAGAUAAGCGGUCUGUUUAAAUAUAGUUUCGAAAUCGUUUCCCUAACUUAGGGAAGCCUAGGGAAAUUGGAGCCUAUUAAGAAUAAUGUAAUCAAUGUUAUGUUAGCUAUGUUGUCUGUCUACAGCGAGACAGUUAUUUCAUUUCAAAGUUUGAUGUAUACAUGGGCGCCUAUUUUAUAAUUUUAUACACUUUUCUGCAAACUAAACUUAGACAGGCUUUAAAGAAUCUGAAUAAUUUAAUCAUUAUUGUACAUUUUUAGAUUGGUGUGGUACAAUGCUUAGGUACCUAAUACAUGGCGAAACUGUCAAAUGUGAAUCGUUACUGUGUCCAACGUUAUAUAUAUUAUGAAUUUAUGAUCUCUGAUUGAAAAAAUUUGUUUUUUUUUUAAAGUACUGAUGUAUGUAAUUUAAGGAAAUUUUGAAAGAUAUUUUAAUAGUUAUUAUUUUUAUAGAAGUAGGCGACUAGUCAAAAUUUGGACUAUAAACCAUGUUUUAUAUUAUGUUGUCAAUCAGUUGCGACCGGAACUAGAAGCACGAAACAUUUACAUAAUAUUUUUAUAUUGUUACUAUUCACAAUUACGAAUACAAGAGUUUUCAAAAACGUUUACUCCUAUAUGUAUUUGCUAUAUGUAUUUUCCAGAAUUAUAUUUGUAAAUUUUAGUUAUAUACACAUAGAAUUUAUUAUAUGCAUAAAUGGAAGCUAUUUGUACAACACCGAUAUCCAGAAAUAAAAAGGCGUAAACUGACGAGUCCCUACUUACGUAAAAUUUACAAGUGUAGUAUCGGCCUGUAACGUACCCAAAAAACCGGCCAGUGAAUGUAUGGAGCUACCGUCCAGUAUAUACUUUUAAUAUAACUGAAUCGUUGUUAAAAAUAUAUCUACUUAAUUUACCGUAUACACGAAGAAUUUGAUAAUACCCACAGUAUUGUCAUAGCGAUAGAAUUAAGUAAAGUUAUGGAGGAGUAAAUUACUAGUAAUUAUUAUGUACUUCUUUUAAUUGCUUAAUUCGUAAGUCUAUUCCUUACGGGAUAGCGCCUCUUAGUUUUUAUAACACUGAGGCUAUACUCGUAAUAAUUUACUCCUCUCAAUAAAAGCUACAUAAGACAGCCAACCGGAAUUGUCGGUCAUAAUGUAAUUAUGCAUGUAUUGGGUCUCGCAUUGAACAAAAUGAAGAUGAGUAGCUGGUUUUACACACACAUUUCAAAAAAACGUAUGGAUUUCUUAAUUUAAAAUGACACUGGCGGUUUUAUGUUACAACUAGUUAUUGUGUGCGUGAAAUCGUCUAUAGCGCCACGGAACUAUGUGAUGCUAUAAUUUCGUCACUUUGACAUCACUCGAAUGCCUGUUAACUCAAAUUGACCCAAGCAUAGUUGGGUAAUUAACAUUGCAUGGUUGACGCCGUUGAUGAGAAAAAAAGAUAGUUCAUCUUUCCCGACAGUCCAAUUUGCCCGGUUUUCCCUUGAUCUUUAAAUAUCGAUCUUUUACGCCUUAUUUUGGCAGUUGAAGUGUGUUUAACACUUAUUGUGACAUUAAUUUACUAUCAAUAUGUAAAUAUCGUGUACAUAAGUAUAUGUAGUAUUUAUAGGUGAUAUAAUUGGGACUAUGUGUUUUAUUAUUGGUAAGGACUGAAGAGUAGAUUUAUCCAUUCAUAGUUUUAGUACUGUAAAGAACAGAAUCCUAAUAAUUUAUAAGAUUUCCGGUAGUUAUAAGUCAGGCAAAUAGUUAUACAGGGUGGAAAAGUCCUGGGACGGGAAUAUUUUAAAUGCUUAAGAAAUAAUAAUAGUUUUAUUCAUUUUGAAAAGGCAUUUAGGGUGAUUCUCUAUCGUCGAAUUUAUUUCUUUAUCAUUCAUGUAUUUCCACCUUGUAUCCAACUAUUUUAUUUUAUUAGUGUAUGGUUAUUGUGACAUUUUACGGUUUAUAUGGUCACUUUUCACAAAAGUAUCUUAAGAUGGAUGCUUUCUGGUCAAUUACAUAGUAGAGUAUCUGAUUUUUCACAUUAUUUACCUACUAAAUGUUUUUAUGUUAUUACUGUCUUAUUUUGUUAAUCACUAACUUAUUUGCACCAACACUAAAAAGGCGCGAAAACCAAAUUUCCAAGUUUGACGCCUUUUCUUAUUUGUCAAAAUAGUUGACAACACUAAAUAUCUAAAAAUCUACAAUAAAAAAUUAAAAUAAUUCUCCGGUUCUAUAAUAAGAUAAAGUUAAAGCUUUUUGACAUUGUGUUCGCUCUUUAUUUGUAGCGUUUGCCGCCUAAGUGUAAGGCCUGAGUGGACGCUCGAGUUAAGCGUGCAGCGGGGCGGGGCGUGCAGCGUCCAUGUUAAACAAAUGCAAACGUAUAGGAGCGGCCUUAGUGCACGCUGCUCAAAUCACUUGUGAGCCCGACGCCACGCUGCACGCCCCGUCGAACGCUCUGCUUCUAGCGUCCACUCAGGCCUUACACUAACCCGGUUAUCUUAUCACAUUGGCGAGCGAGGGUGACAGCGCUACUUACAUGCAUACCGCUGUCUCGCACGUACACUGAAGCGGCGUGCAGUUUCGCCCCCAAUGUGAACUACCGCCUAACGGCCCGAUUAGAAUAAUGCUUAUAAGAAGUCACUUUCUUAAAGAAAUGUCACUUUUGACACUGACAGAUUGGUAUCGUACCGCUGUGACUUCUUAUAAGCAUUGUUCGAAUCGGGCCGUAACACUGACUUACAUCCACUGACAAAUGUAUGAGAAUUGGUGACCGUGCACACAUUGUUGGGUCGCUUUGGGUCCCAAUUUAACAUUUUUCAGUAAAGUUUUCAUUUGAAGACACCAGAGACAUGGAAUUGGAAUAUUCUCUUAUUUAAGAUAUUUAAUGACUACUCAAUCCGGCCAAAUAAAUACAUUGGCGUCACAAAUAUUGUGAUAUUUUUCCUAAUAUAAAAAAAUGUCCUUUGUCCAAUUCGUCAGUCCAUUAGGGUUUUAAAAACUAAUUUUACGCUAACAUUAAUACCUAAAAGCCAAAGUUUCUAGUAGCGCUUUCCUUUAUGGAGUAUUUUGUAAAAAAAAAAUCGUCCGAUAGAUCGAACGUAUUCGUCCUAAAAUUAAAUUUUAAUCUUCUUACCUGUAAAUUUAACUAGUAUAGUAAUCGUAGCAUGUAAUUCAAUUUUAAGCGAAAGUCCAUCACAGUAGAUUAUGUAAUUUAAUUUAAAUUAUAAGUGUAAGUUAGUUUUAAGUGUUUCGGAUAGGACAGCGACAUCUAUUUAAGAGAGAACAUAACAUUUUGUACAUUACCUGUAUUCCGUAGCUAAUCGAGACUUUCUUCUCAUUAUGUUAAAUAGUUCCUCUGUACCCAUUCUUUCAUUCAUUCACUCACUGUAUUAUAGUACAUUAUUGUCGAGGCUCGGAAGUCGGAAGUAGCUACUUGCUUUCGUUUUAAUUUAAACGGACGACCUUGGGAGUCCGUUUAAUUGAAUCCGAAGCCAGCAAGUAGCCUUCCUGCCGAGUCAUAAAUAGUGCUUUUCUCAAAAAUGGCGCAAUAAAUACAAAUAUAAUAUAAAUAUUUUACAGAAGCAACGUUUUUACGUAUAUAUUUUCACAGAAAAAAGUAAAAACAAUUGAUAAGAUUUGCUUUGCCGCCUUUUUAUUUUUUUUAAUUGAAAAACGAAGUGUAUUUUUCUGCCGAAAAUACGCCAACCUGUUUGAGACAGCUAAAUGGUCGCAGUACCAACAUUAUAAUAAUAAGUACUGAUCAUCUGUUUGGCUGUUUAAUGGACCUAUGCCUUCAUUUGAUAUGGCCACUUCAACUUUUAAAAAGUUUGGAACUCGACAAAUAAUGGAAUUUGUAUGCAACAUUGCAGUCCCGAAAUCGAGACUGCAAUGUUUUUAACUUUUUAAUUUUUUGACUAACCAUAAACUACGCACUUCGCGACCUAAUUUUUAACCGGCAACGUCUACUUUGCCGUCCAUUUUUGAGAAAAAUAAGUAUGAGCAAGCGAAUACAAGUGUGACAGGCCAAUUCUGAUUUUAGUUAUUAGAUUUGUUUCCAAUAUGAUACUGAUCUGUCAAGAGUGACAUUUUUUCAACCAAAAACGUCACUUUUGACACUGCCAGAUCAGAUUGGAUACACAUCUAAUAUGUAACUAAAACUAGAAUUGACUUUAGAGUCUCUUUCUAAAGCUCGGUCCAGACUACGCGGCGCGAAGCCGCGAACGCGAGUGUGGAGGGAGCUUAACAUAAGUUGCUGUUAUACUCUGACCAACGAGUCGUGUCUCCAAUUUUUUUAAUUAUUUAUAUGGCAACAUUUUUGCCUAUCAAAUGAGCUGUUAGAUUCAAGUUGUCUUUUCAUAGUAAUUUUAUCGCCAAGAACGUCUUAUUUUUGAUUUAACGUAUUUUUUGUGACACGAUUCUUGCCAGUCUAGAACAAGAUUAGAGUCGGACCAAGCUAACUCUGCAUACCUAAGCGUUUUGCAGUCACAGAAUGUGAAAGUGCCACAGCCAAUGUUACACGUCACGUCAAAUUCCUAUGAAAAUAUGACGGUUAUAGUGUAUCUCACUUUGUUCGUCAGUCUGUGCAGAGGUAGCUAAAACGCUUCACACUUACUUAAUUCAGUAAAACUGAUUCAGUAGCUAUACAUUAGACGUACUACGUAUAGCUGCAUAUCUGUCGUCAGUUACUGAAUUAAGCAAGGUGUGUGAAGCACUUUAGACUGACUCUACCGCCAUGACACGUUACAAUCGUUUUUAAUCAUUUAAAAAAUGGCCUCCAAAACUGUGCGAAAUAGCGGAGCGGUGCGUGGCCCCGUUCCCAUUGGUGCGCACGUUUCUAUUAGCGUUCUCAUUGGUGGAUUGUUUCAAGGCACCGCUCUGACAUCUCGCUUAACUAGUGCAGGGGUCAUCAAAUGGCGGACCGCGGCCUGGAUCCGGACCGCCGACCGUUUUUGUGCUGUACAUUUGCUUAUUUAAUAAACUCAAGUAGAAACGGUCCGCGAUGGUAAUUUUAUUUUAAAAACCGGACCCUGAAGAAACUAAUUGGUGACCCCUGCUCUAAUGGACAGCACUGGUACCUAUCCCUAAUAUCCCUAUAGGUGCAUAGUUCAGAGGGUCUACCGUGAACAUUUUAAUUUCUUUAUUUGCCUCUAUAACUCGAGUACUCAUGAAAGUUGGAUAACGAAAUCUCGAUUUUCGAUGUAACUUUCAUAACGCGAUGGAAUCAAUUACAGUGUACCUAGACCUAGACGAAUUUAAUUCGUAACUGUAUACAUUUUUCUUCCAUCCAUAAUUUUGUUAUGUAGCCUAACCAGUUGGCCGUGAUAAAACGAGAAAAAAAUAACAUAAGAUGGUCACGGUGCAUUCCACGAGAAUGUCCCUUACGAAACGCCGUUCUUCUAAUAGUUCUGAAAAGGCUGAGAAAAUGAUAUUGGGUCUGGUAAUAUUUCAUGACUUUGCUAACAAAUUGGCAGUAUAUUCUCGAGUUUUACGGAUUUGAUUGAAUUAGCUGCCAUACAAGGCAAAAGCAUUUCGUAAUGGUCAUUCUCGUGGAAUGAUAUUGGGUCUGGUAAUAUUUCAUGACUUUGCUAACAAAUUGGCAGUAUAUUCUCGAGUUUUACGGAUUUGAUUGAAUUAGCUGCCAUACAAGGCAAAAGCAUUUCGUAAUGGUCAUUCUCGUGGAAUGCCCCUACGCGCUUAUCGUCUGUCAACGUAGUUGUCACUUUCUUAACACAGACUACACAAACACCGCAAUUAUGAAGCGUAUACAUACAAAGAGCACGAGGUCACCACAUACAGGCAUUGAACUAUUCUUACUAGUUUUUGAGAAAAGGGCCCCUGGAGCCCGUUUCUCAAAAGCUUGUAACUUGUAAUACAAGUGGAAGUCUCUUUUUAACAAAAGCUGUCAAAAGGCCUCUGGGGCCCGUUCAUCAAAAGCUUGUAGGUAGCUUGUAAUACAAGUGGAAGUCUCUUUUUAACAAAAGCUGUCAAAAGGCCUCUGGGGCCCGUUCAUCAAAAGCUUGUAGGUAGCUUGUAAUACAAGUGGAAGUCUCUUUUUAACAAAAGCUGUCAAAAGGCCUCUGGGGCCCGUUCAUCAAAAGCUUGUAGGUAGCUUGUAAUACAAGUGGAAGUCCCUUUUUGACUUCAAGCUUUUGAGAAACGGGCCCCAGGUCGCAAUUGUGGGCGCAACUUUGUAGGGAGCGUGCAUAAACUGUAGGGGGCAGCACAGGAGACGUCAGAUUUUUGGUGCGAGGCGUAAAUGUGUAGUUUAUGCUUCCAUAGUAGCCCACAAGAUGGCAGCACUUGCUUUGGCGUGAAGUCUUAAUGUACAUGUUUAUGGUUCCGAUUCAGGCCACAAGAUGGCAGACACUCCAACGCGCACGGUCCCUAUAAUCCGUCGCACUCCCAUACUGUACGGUAGCGCUUAUGUGUGGUGACCUCGAUUGUCUUAUGUUCUCCGCCUAUAAUAUUAUAGCAGUUGAGAAUGGUAUCAAGUGAAACUAUAUCCGUAGAGCGUGACAGCGAUAAGAGUUAGAAAGAGAUUGCUGACUUUCUAGUGAUGUUGCUGCCUGGCUACACUAUACAGCAGUGCUGCCAUCUCGACGAGAACAUUCAUCAACAUUUCAUCGGUUGACCACAAGAAUUCAGUAGAGUUUUAGUUGUCAAUCGAUGAUAGUGUUUACAUUGUAUCAUACUUUCUUUUUUAAAUAAAUAGCAUAGCCAAUCUGAUAUUAUUGCUAAGUAUGUAGCAUAAUUUAUAGGGUAAAUGUGACCAGCAUCGUACCUAUCUCAAGUAACCAACAAGUCUAGUUGUACGAAGUUUCAUUCUGGUAAAUUCUGGUAUUAGGUACAAAGAAUGUGAAAAUUAUAUUUAAAAUGUUUUCUCUUAUUCAAUAAAACGAUUUUUUCGUUU